AUGUCAAAAACUUUACAUGCUGCUCGCUGUGAAUCUCCAUUUUUAAUAGCUUUAAUUGCUGAUAUCAUCGAUUUACCAUUCCAUAAACGGUGUUCUCUGUGUUCAUCUCCUAAUCUAGAUGUGGUUUCGUCUGUAAAUAGUUUAGAUUUUUUGCAGGAUGUUAAAGCUGAAGGAGCAUCACUUGUAACACAACUUUGUGCCAAUAGCAGUAUACCUUAUGGUAUCAUACCUACAAUUGUCCAGUCAUAUAAUAAUAUGGCUGGAUCACUAAAAUGUUAUUUGAAAGAAGAAUUUCAUAAAAGUUUAUUAUUAGCUGGUGUUGAUUGUGCAGUUAUUGACCAAAUUUUUCAAGAGAUGCAACCCAAAUUAGAACUAUGCAAUAAUCCUCUUGAUUUUUUAUCAACACAUUAUCGCAUUGACUCUUAUUUUGCAGGGCAUCCUCUUAUAGUUCAACCGGAAAGUAUCUGUUAUAUGCCACGGUUAGAGUCUCAUUGUGGGCAUAGUAAAUUUGUGUAUGAUGAGUUCCAGUAUGCUUCUAUCAAAAAAACUUUAUUUAAUUUGUUACAGAAUGAGGCUUAUGUAAAAGCAUUUCUGGAGAAAAAGUGUAGACCUGGUGUAUUAACCAGUUUUUCAGAUGGAAGUUGUUUCAAAGAAUAUUACCUCUUUAGUGAUGAAUCUAAAAUUUCCCUAAUGAUCCAAUUGUUUUAUGAUAGUUUAGGUGUAACCAAUCCGUUGAGAAGUCAAGGCUCUGUUCAUAACAUUGCCAUUGGUUACACUCAUGAUAUUGUAGUUUAUGGUCAUGGGCCAAUUUUAAGCAAAUUUGUUAAAGAGAUACAGGAGUUAAGCACUAUUGGAUUACAAGGAGUAUUUCCAGUUUUAGGUGCUUGUACAAUUUAUGCAAGUCUUUGCCAAGUUACUUGUGAUAACUUGGCUCUCAAUGGCUUGCUUGGAUUUAUUGAGUCUUUCUCUGGCAGUCAUUUUUGUACAAUUUGCUAUGCAACAAAAAAUGAUGUUCAAAUUAAAUUUGAGGAUGAUCUGUUUGAGAUGCGUACUGUGCAUAGCUAUAAAACGGAUCUGAUUAAUUUAGUAGCAAGUAGGGCAAGUAAUAAGACCAUUUCUAAUAAAUUGAAAAAUCACUACAGAGGUGUAAAGACUGAAUGCCCACUCAAUAAAAUAAAAGGUUAUCAUGUGACAGAUAAUUGGUGUUUAGAUAUUAUGCACACUCUCUUAGAAGGUGUUGUGCUUGUAGAGUUAGGGUGUAUUUUUCAUGGUUUGUGCAUAUUAGAUAAGUGCAUAACUCUAUCAGAUAUAAAUAAAGCUAUUUCUUUAUUAUGGGGAAAAAUAACUAUUGAAAAAACUCACAAACCCGCGGAAAUUUUCAAAAUACAAGAACCAGGGCAUGUACUUACACCUUCUAUGAAAGCAGUACAAUGGUGGGCUCUGCUCAAGUAUUUACCAGUGGCUGUAGGAAAAAUGGUCCCUCUAAAGAAUAAAAACUGGAAAUUUCUACUUCACUUGUCUCAUUUAAUUGAUUUAAUUUUUGCACCAUGUUUUACACAUGAAAUGGUUGUUUAUAUGAAGCAUGUUAUUAGUGAUCAUUUAUCUAUGUUUAGCAAGUUAUACUGCAGCAAUGAAGUAAGGCUACGUCCAAAGCAUCAUUUUCUUGUGCAUUUGCCCAAUAUUAUAAUCAAGUCUGGUCCACUUGUUGGCAUGAGUUGUAUGCCAUACGAACUAAAAAAUUCAUUUUUUAAAAGGUGUGCACAUAUCGUAUGCAACUUUACCAAUAUUUGUCACACUCUAGCACAUAGACAUCAGCAACAGGCUUUAGAGUCACAGCUCUCUAACAAACACAUUCGUAAAAUUGUCACAGUGGUAAAAUAUAAUAUUGAAUCUACUUAUUCGCUUCCUUUUUAUAACGCUAUGCAAAAUAUAUUGUGUUUUAAGUCAUGUGAUGAAAUUGCUAUUGCAAAAACAUUGCAUGCAGGAAGCGUUGAAUACAAACAAGGACAUUUCAUUGCAAUUAAUAUAGAUAUGGAGACUGGCUUGCCAAACUUUGGAAAAAUUGUAUGCUUCAUUUCAAGCACAAAUAACAAUCCAAUUAAUGUGUUCAAAGGAGAGAAGUGGCAUUUUGUCUUAGAAAUUGCGAAAACAAGCAAUUUUACUUAUCACCUUCAUUCUUAUGAAGUAAUAUUUAUUUCUCAACCAGAGUAUUAG